AACUGCUUUAUAGUUCAAGUGCAGGGCAGUACCCAGCUGUCAAUGCUUUUGGGAGUUAAAGGAACAAGACAUCUUCGGUUAUCAACUGCUUCCUGUUUUAGGUCCAUCUGACAAACAUGGUUGUUCCUGGGCUGGAAGACAAGGAUGAGAAAGUAUACUUUCCACCCGAGGAUCUGCAAACGGUUGCUCACGUGCCUGAUUUUAACUCAUAUCUUGAGUUGUACAAAAGGUCCAUUGAGGAACCUGAAGAGUUCUGGAGGGAAGUUGCUCAAGAGUUUUACUGGAAGAACCCCCCCACAGACCAAAUGCUGCAAUAUAACUUUGAUAUUACAAAGGGCCAGGUUUCCAUCGACUUCAUGAAAGGAGCGAAGACCAAUAUCUGCUACAAUGUGCUAGAUCGUAACGUGCUGGACCUGAAACUGGGCGAGAAAGUUGCAUACUACUGGGAGGGGAACACACCUGACCAUCAUCUAACCAUCACAUACAGCCAGCUUCUAAAACAGGUGUGCAAAUGUGCCAACGCUCUCAAGCAGCUGGGUGUGAAGAAAGGAGACCGAGUGGCCAUUUACUUGCCUAUGAUCCCCGAGCUUGUGUUCAUCAUGCUGGCCUGUGCUCGAAUAGGGGCAGUGCAUUCCAUUGUGUUUGCAGGGUUUUCCUCUGAGUCUCUGGCUGAGAGGAUCGUGGACGCUCAGUGUAACAUCCUGGUGACGGCAGACGGCGUUUACAGGGGAGACAAGCUAAUCAACCUGAAGCAGAUUUCAGACCAUGCCUUGGAGCAUUGCCGGGAAAAAAGUGCAUUUACAGUCAAGAAAUGUCUCGUAGUGAAGCAUCACGCCUUCAAGACAACCAAUACCUGCAAUAAGCUACAGACUCCCUGGAAUGCAGAAUGUGACGUGUGGUGGGAUGACGUUGUGAACGUCGCAUCUGAGGAGUGUGAGCCCGAGUGGCUGGAUGCUGAAGACCCGCUUUUCAUCCUUUAUACCAGCGGGUCCACGGGCAAACCCAAGGGCAUACUGCACACAACUGCUGGCUACCUGAUCUACACAUCUCUUACAUUUAAAUACGUUUUCGAUUACCACCAUGAUGAUGUGUAUUGGUGCACGGCAGACAUUGGCUGGAUUACAGGCCACUCCUACAUCGCAUAUGGUCCGCUAGCCAAUGGGGCGACCAGUGUCCUGUUUGAAGGCAUUCCAGUCUACCCUCAUGUGGGCCGGAUUUGGGAGAUCAUAGAGAAGCACAGAGUGUCUAAGUUUUACACAGCACCCACUGCCAUCAGGCUGCUUAUGAAGUUCGGGAGUGAGCCACUGCAAAAAUAUGAUCUGUCCAGUUUGCGUGUCCUGGGGACCGUAGGAGAGCCCAUAAACCCAGAGGCCUGGCUCUGGUAUCAUGAAGUCGUGGGUCAGGGUAGAUGCCCCGUAGUUGACACGUUCUGGCAGACUGAGACGGGAGGUCAUGUUCUGACUCCACUGCCUGCAGCAACACCACUAAAGCCAGGAUCUGCAACGUUACCAUUUUUCGGUGUGCAGCCCACAAUCCUGAACGAGCACGGAGAGGAGCUGGAGGGAGAAGCCGAGGGCUACUUGGUUUUCUGUAAACCCUGGCCAGGCAUCAUGCGGGGCAUCUAUCAAAAUCAAGAACGAUUCCAAAACACGUACUUCAAAAAGUUCCCAGGGUUUUAUGUGACAGGAGACGGAUGCAGGAGGGACAAAGAUGGGUAUUAUUGGAUAACUGGCAGAAUAGAUGACAUGCUCAAUGUCUCAGGUCACUUGCUGAGCACAGCUGAGGUGGAGGCGGCGUUAUCAGAACACCCGGCUGUGGCUGAAGCAGCUGUGGUCAGCUGUCCUCAUACAGUGAAGGGCGAAUGUCUUUACUGCUUUGUCACACUUAAGGACAGCCAGGAGUUCAACCACACACUCAAGGAGGAGCUUAAGAAAAAAGUGAGAGAAAAGAUCGGCCCAAUAGCCACUCCAGAUUUCAUACAGAAUGCCCCUGGCCUCCCUAAAACCCGCUCAGGAAAGAUCAUGCGGCGGAUCCUGAGGCAGAUUGCCCGGAACGAGAAGGACCUGGGUGAUCUUUCCACUCUGGCUGAUCCCAAAGUUGUAGAAGUGCUCUUCAGUCAGAGGUGUGAGGCAGCAGCAUGAGAGCUUCAUGACACUUCUCAUGCCUUUCCAAUUACUCCAGGAACAGCUUCAAUAAUCAAAAAAGAAAAAAUGUUCUCAAUGGCCAGUAGUGGGUUAGCCGAUCCUAAAUUAGAAGCAGAGGGGCUUUUUUCACCCUAUCCGUAAUGGAGUUUAGAUUUUCCUUGAAGCCUUGAUGUAAAAAUUUGCACAAAAGCACGCACAAGGACGAUUUUGACUGAUGUUCACAGAUGUUCUGGAAUAAACUGUGUGUGAGUCCUGUUAUAUUUAAGAAGGUACCCAAACAGACAGGUCAUGUACUGUAGAUACUUAAGAUAACCAUAUUGUGUCACCAGCCACUGAACAUUGUAACGGUCCAACCACUAGACUUCAAUAGUGUACAUACGAUCCACUAUAUAUAGAUAUAUAGAUAUCCACAAGAUAUACAAUAUGCAAUAUGACAGGUCAAGUACUCAUCAGAAAAAAAUGACUUGAUAUAUGUUACUGUGUUCGCACCCUUGAUAAACUGUAGCAGAUAUUAGUCUAUAGCACAUUUAUGAGGCUUGACCUUUGCCAUUCCUAGACAAGCUAGAAGAGAUGGGAAUCACCUGAUACGAUAUGGUAUUAUCACGAUACCCAAGUUGACAAUUAGAUUUGUCUUGUAAUGCUUUAAGUAUCAUGAUUUUGUAAAAAUCCCAAUCAUGAUUUUGUAUAUCCCAAUCCCCCCCCAUCAUCUCUACUAAGUAGUAAGAGUGUUUUGUUAAACAAAUAAGACCAUAUCAAUGGUCAUGUAAGCUGUGAUCCAAUUUCAUAGUGACACUACGUACCCAGUUACAACCUAACGUGCAGUGAAUAAUCAGACAAGAUUAUAAAACCAAUACUUCAUGCAAGUAAAAGUUUUUGUUUGUAUGAAUUAAUAUUCUGAUCAAGGUAAUGAAAUGUAAACGUGUGAUUGAAUGCCGGGCGAAUCCUCGCUGCAUGGAAUAUACUACUUAGACCAAAAAAAUAGUCUUUUUGUUCAUUCUUGAAUUGCGUACCAAGUGUGUAUCGUGUGAAACAGACCGUUUCUUACUUUACGUAUCAUCAAGAACAUAACACCUGUACACACUUUAGGUCUUCUGUUGGUCUUCCUUAUAGUUCUCAAAUCUUGAUUAAAAUCAUGAUAUCACAUGAAAAUGCAUUCUGGUUACAUUCAUUUGAAAUGUUUUGUAACUUGCUGCUUUAAUGCUGUAAUGCACAUUGGCUUAAAGCUGAAUGUUUUCAAGGUUCUAUAUAAAUAAAUGUUCUUACG